GCCCCGGAAGUGGGAUCUGUGUGUUCUCAUGCGAACGGGAAGGAGCGUUGGGGAUCGGGAGUCUCGAGGUUGAGACAUUUUCGGGCCCGAAAGGGGAAGGAUCAGCUGCCGCCGCCGCCAAGCCCGCGCCCGCGCCUCUUUGCUUUCUCCGGCCCGGCCCGGCCGUGCCGCCUCUUCUUGCCGUCUCCCUCCUCGGCCGUCCCCGCGUGUUUUGCGCGGUCGCCGGGCACCGGGGCUGCGGCGACGAGCCCGCGGGCGGCCGGUCGGGCGGGGCGGGCGGCUGACAGCGUCCUGAGGUUAGCAUUAUACUUCUCCAGUGGAGCCCAUGACUUCUGACCAGGACGCUAAAGUUGUGGCUGAACCGCAGGCACAGCGAGUCCAGGAGGGCAAGGACAGCUCCCAUCUGAUGAAUGGUCCUAUAUCGCAAACCACUUCUCAAACAAGUUCCAUCCCAGCUUUGACUCAGGUCCCAGCAACUAAGGUUUCAGAGCUAAACCCUAAUGCAAAAGUAUGGGGGACUCCUAUGUUACAUUUGGAAGCAAGUAGUGCAGCUGUUGGUGUGAACGCCGCGUGGGAUGAGGCCCCCGGCCAUCCUGAAGACUGCAACCAGCAGGGAUUGGAUGCCAUUGGCGAUGGUGACAAAAGUCAUGAGAAUGCAGCACCACCAGACUUACAGGAGGCAGACCAGACAGACAUGAGCACUCUGGCUCUGGAUCACUCAGAAUAUGAACCUCUGCCUGAAAAUAAUGAUACGGGAGGAAAUGAGUCUCAACCAGAAAGCCAGGAAGACCCUCGGGAAGUUCUUAAAAAAACAUUGGAGUUCUGCUUGUCUAGGGAGAAUCUUGCUAGCGACAUGUACCUUAUAUCACAGAUGGACAGUGAUCAGUAUGUGCCAAUUACAACAGUAGCUAACCUUGACCAUAUCAAGAAACUCAGCACUGACGUGGAUUUGAUUGUUGAAGUGCUAAGAUCUUUACCUUUAGUCCAAGUGGAUGAGAAGGGAGAGAAAGUAAGGCCAAACCAGAACCGGUGCAUAGUAAUACUGCGUGAGAUACCCGAGUCUACCCCUGUGGAAGAAGUAGAAGCACUAUUUAAAGGAGAUAAUUUACCAAAAUUUAUAAACUGUGAAUUUGCCUAUAAUGAUAAUUGGUUUAUUACCUUUGAAACAGAAGCUGAUGCACAGCAGGCUUACAAAUACCUUCGAGAAGAAGUCAGAACUUUUCAAGGAAAGCCAAUUAAGGCACGGAUAAAAGCAAAGGCAAUAGCGAUAAACACAUUUCUGCCAAAGAAUGGAUUUAGGCCUCUGGACAUGAACCUUUACACACAGCAGCGCUAUGCUGCGUCGUUCUACCUGCCUCCCGUGUACAGUCCCCAGCAGCAGUUCCCUCUGUACAGCCUGAUCGCCCCCCAGACAUGGUCAGCAGCACACAGUUAUCUCGACCCACCCUUGGUAACUCCAUUUCCAAGUACUGGAUUUAUAAAUGGGUUUACAUCUCCGACCUUCAAACCUGCCACGUCUCCUCUGACAUCACUCAGACAAUAUCCUCCUAGAAGCAGGAAUCCUAGUAAGUCUCAUCUGCGCCAUGCGAUUCCUAGUACAGAGAGAGGGCCUGGGCUGCUAGAAAGUCCUUCAAUAUUUAACUUCACUGCAGAUCGAUUAAUUAAUGGUGUCCGGAGCCCACAGACGAGGCAAGCAGGGCAAACUAGAACACGAAUACAAAACCCUUCAGCUUAUGCCAAGAGAGAGAUUGGAACUGGGCGUGUGGAGCCAAGUAGUCUUGAAUCCUCUCCUGGUUUAGGGAGAGGAAGGAAAAAUUCCUUUGGCUACCGGAAGAAAAGAGAAGAAAAGUUUACAAGCAGUCAGACUCAGUCUCCAACACCACCAAAGCCUCCGUCACCGAGCUUCGAACUGGGGCUGUCCAACUUCCCCCCGCUACCUGGAGCUGCAGGCAAUUUGAAGGCAGAGGACUUGUUUGAAAACAGGCUUUCCAGCUUGAUCAUAGGAUCUUCAAAAGAAAGAAUCAGUGCAGAUGCAAGCACAAACACUGUUCCUGUAGUGGUCUCCAGAGAGCCCUCUGUGCCAGCACCCUGUGCUGUGUCCGCAGCCUUUGAACGUUCCCCUUCCCCAGCCCAUUUACCUGAGUGGCAUUUUCACAGGGAUCCCAAGGUGGCAGAAAAGCAGAGGGAAACCCACGGUGUGGACAGACUCCCUUCUACCCCUACUCCAACUGCAUGUAAAUCAGUGCAGGUGAAUGGAGCAGCAACAGAAUUGCGAAAGCCCAGUUAUGCAGAGAUCUGUCAAAGAACGAGUAAAGAGCCCCCUUCCUCCCCGUUGCAACCCCCAAAAGAACAAAAGCCAAACACUGUCGCCUGUGGGAAGGAGGAGAAGAAGCUUGCUGAGCCUGUAGAGAGAUGCAGAGAGCCCCCUGCCCUCAAGUCCACUUCUGGGGUCCCCAAAGAUCAGAGGAGGCAGCCUGGGCGCCGACCCUCACCCCCAGCUGCCGGGAAACGUCUGAACAGGGAACAGAACACUCCUCCCAAGUCUCCUCAGUGAAAGCCGGAUGCCUGGGAGGGGUCUGGAAGAGCUCUGUUCACCACACACAAAGCUCUCCCACUCAGUAGAAUGAGCCGCUGGUUAGGAGCUUGCAGUGUCUGUGAGGCCUGUGGGAUGCCUGCAAGUUAUUUCCUUCUGUGAGUCGGAUUUUCCCCCUCUUGAAAAAAAAAAAAUCUAUUUUUCAGGAUUUAAUUAUAUAAUAUAAACCUUAUUUUAGGUUGGUGCUUAACUGGAGGUGAUGCAGAAGUCUGAUGUUUUUCAGGAUAGAAAAUGUAUUUAUCCUAACAAAUGGAUAUUUUUUAUUAAGCCUCCAUGUGGCUCUGAAUGCAAGCUAUAUAUGAGUUUUUCUAAAUUAAGGGAACUAUGCUACUUCAUUAUUUUUUUUUUUUAAUAACUGGUCUACAAGUGCAUAUUGAUAGGGUGUCCCAACAGAUGGAUGAGGGCUGAUGUCACUAGCAGGGGCAACCUUGGCCUCACAGAGCAAGGGACUGACAAUGUCAGGGUACUGACAUACUGGCAUAGGAGCUGUGUUUUCAUCUAAACCAUUAGCUAACAGGUAAUUCUAGCUUUACAACAAGAUACGUAUGUAUAUACAAUUUUUUUUUUUUUUUUUUGAACUAAUGGGCAGAAUGAACCUGCAAAGUGUACCCUAGAAAGACCUGAAACUUUUGAGUGUUGAUGUCCUGCAAGCAAGUAACCAGCCUCUCACUCCAGUUCCAAGUGGUUAUUAUGUAAAAUAAAUUCAAAGCACAUUGUGAAUAGAACCUAGAUGAAAUUAGAAGCUGUUGCCCACUGACAUCACACCAUGAAGUUGUACCCUGCUGUUUGGUCCCUGUGAGCAGGCCCCCUGGCUCCCAGCCCCGCGUGCCUGCUCUGUCUGUGUCCCACAGUCCUGCUGGAGAGCCUUGUCUUAGCCAGCUCCGUGUGGAUGUCUUCCUGUCCCUCUGCGUCGGCACGUGGACUGAGAAGUACCUAGCCGUGAGAGAGUGCUGUUUGCCUGCUGGAGGACAGAAUCCUUGCUCUUUUUACCUCCAAGACGAGGGUCUCAUUGAUUCUUUCUAGAAGCACUGCACGUCUGAAGAACAAGAGUGCAGUGAAGUUAGCAAGUUUAUAAUAAAGCUACAGAUAAAUUAUUUUGUUUUAAAAUGCCUAAAAUUUUUCUUUGAGUAUUGUAAGCAGCAGACAUUAAACUAUUUCCUGCUAAGUGUAACCAUACAGCUUAUUUCACAAAAUGCUAUUUAACAAGACUGAAGGUGGUUUGGGUUUCUUUCUUUC